CUUCCCCCCGCGGAACCGGCCGCCUGCACCUGCCUUAGAACGCCCCUAGAACGCUGCCUAGAACGCCCCUAGGACGGCGGCCCACAAAUUGCCUGGAGUUGUACGGCAUCGGCCUCGCGCGCGUCUCUCCCCAAGGCCUCUCUUCCUCCCCGUGCUUUGUGAGCCGCAUCGUCUCGAGAUCUUGGCGCCCAUGGGUUGGUGCGGCUCAUUUUGUGGUGCUGCCAGCUUUCUGGUUUGCGUCCUGGUCGGCCUUGGCGUCGUCAGCGGCCAGUCAGGCGGCAAAUGUGCCCUGCAGUCGUCCGACAGCCUCGCGUCCCUCGUCCAGAACCAGAUCCUUGAAGACAAGGUGCGUGCGAGGGCAAUCAAAGACAGCGGGGCUGCAUUUGGCUGAGUGGCAUGUGUGCACCACUGCAGGUUGACAACUAUGCGAUUAAGGGCGUUGGGGAGGUGCGGGACGUGAAUCUGUCCUCGGUGAGGCUCUUCCCCUUCAACCUGACCAACCCUGCGCCAGGCGUCGUGCAGCUCUUCGCUCCCCAGUUCAGGGUCAGCACGCGCACGCACACACAUCACAGACACAGCACAGCGUUGCUUUCUCAUCAUCAUCAUCAUGGUUGCCGCUGCGUCGCUCUCUUUGUCAGGCGAAGAUCAAGUACACAUACGAGGUGGAUCUGGGCCUCUACACCGACAAGGGCACCGGCAAUGCGGUGGCUCGCGGCCCUCUGAAUGUGACUUUCCUGGGCACUGACACCGUGACCUGCAACCUGACUCGUGUCAGGAUGGACAUAUCGUCGCCCAAGUCCGAGCAGGGGCUUCUCGGCAGCAUCAUCACGGGCAUCGGCACGGAACUUCUCUUCAAGGUACCAACGCCACCUAUCUGCAGAGAGGUCCCUGCCACGCCGCACAUAAUGGCGCAUGAAGCGUGUCUGUCUGUCUGGCCACCAUGUGCUCAGGACCGGAUCGAGAGUCUCACGCGCGGAGCCAUCUGUGCGAGGGUCGAGGACUCAGUCACCGGCAAGGACCUCGAGAUCCCUCAGUACGACGCACGAGCGGCCAUUCCCGGGGGGCAGUCGGGCUUCCACUGGAUCAUGCUCGCGCUGGGCCUCGUGGUGGGCAUCGCGCUGGGCGUCCUCUCGUGUGCCAUCUCACGGUGGGCCAGCUCGCCCGCCAAGAGGAAGCAGCAGGCCACCAAGACCACAGCGGCCGACGGGCAGCCGGCGGAGACCAACGGGGAUCACCCAUCCCCGCCAGCGGCGGGGAAAGAGGCCACAUAUGCGUCCCCUGAGCCCGAGGGGGAGAUGGAGGCGUCGGCCCCUCCAUUAAACAGCAGAGGGGCCCGGGGUGCGGGCAGCAGAGUGUGAGUGAGGCGGCCAAUCGUGUGUCGUUUUUCCAUGACUCUAUCAAUGAAUUAAUGAGAAAGUGAGAGGUGGUGAGCGGGGAGGUCUCCCUUUGCCGGCAGUGGUGUUUAGUAGCGGGGGCUCAGUAGGGCGGGCUCUUUAUCACUCUGUCUGUCGCCCUGGUAAGUGGUUAGUGUACAGGCGUACUGUGAGGACGGGUGGGCCCCCCAGACAGACAGACUGAUGCAUUGGUAUUCGUUCUUUGUGAAGGGGAGAGAGGCUGGGGUGAAUUUGCGUGUGUCUGUGAGAGGUGAGGUGUGUCCUUCUGUGUCAUGAUACCCAGCUCGUGGGAGGAGCUGCUGUUUUACAAUGAGGCUGGUGGUGCGGCACAUGGAUGCGUGACGGAUCGGUUGCUAAUGGGUGCAGCAGCUCGACGGAUGCCUGACGAGUGGCAAUCAAUCGUCGAGCUCCGGCGGCCAUCAGCAACAGGUCCAUCUCGUUGAGAUGGUGACUCCACGGGCCCACGGAGGCAGUGUAGACAGAGAUUCUCUGCCUGAUUGAC